UGCAAAUGUUAAACAUAAUUGCUCGUCUUCCUCUGUCAGCCGUAAGUGAUUCCUUUUCCAACGCAGUUGAAGAAAUACCUUUUUUAUCGACACAGUAUUGCGUUUAUGUCCCUACUCCUGCUCUUUUUCUUGUUCACAACAAGCAAAGUUCAAAGGUCCCCUCUGGGAGUUUUAUAACCUCUUGUCAGGCUGAGGAAAAGGUUCUGUUUCGUGCAGAGCGUAAACCAUGGAGGUCCUCUUCCAGAUGCUCUUCUCGCCGCUGCCCACGCCGGCCAUCAUCUCGCUGUUCGUGGUGGCGGCCGCGACCCUGUUCUACCUCAACACCAGGCCCGCCCCCAUAAGGCCCCCUGCCGACCUGGAGUGCCAGACCGUGGGCAUCAAGGAUGGAGCCAGGAAGAUUGCCUUGCUCAAGGACAACAACAACCUGCUGGCUUAUUACUAUGGCGACGCCAAGACCAUCUAUGAGGUGUUUCAGAGGGGGAUGAGAGUUUCAGGUAACGGGCCGUGUUUGGGCUCCAGAAAAGCCGGGAGGCCGUAUCAGUGGCUCAGGUACAAACAGGUGUCGGACAGAGCGGAGCAUCUCGGCUCGGGGCUCCUCCAGAGGGGCUUGAAGGCCAACCCAAACACUUUCAUAGGCAUCUUUGCUCAGAACCGACCAGAAUGGAUUAUCAGUGAGCUGGCCUGUUACACCUACUCCAUGGUGGCGGUCCCCCUUUACGACACCCUGGGUCCCGAAGCGCUCGUCUUCAUUAUCGACCAAGCGGACAUUUCCACCGUGCUGUGUGACACUCGGGAAAAAGCCGAGGCUCUGCUGCAGAACUGCGAGAAAGGACAGACUCCGGUCCUGAAAACUGUCAUUGUCAUGGAUCCGUUCGACACAGACCUAGUCCAGCGAGGAACCAAGUGUGGUGUUGACGUGUUGUCCAUGCAGGAUGUGGAGGCUUCUGGGAAAAGUGAUCUUCAAAAGCCAGUGCCACCCAAGCCAGAAGACCUCAGCAUAGUUUGCUUCACCAGUGGAACUACAGGGAACCCAAAGGGGGCGAUGCUGACCCAUGAGAACGUGGUUGCUGAUGCUGCUGGAGUCAUCCAAACUUUUGAGACAUCCGUUGUUCCCAAUACUGAGGAUGUUAGCAUUUCCUUCCUGCCGUUGGCACACAUGUUUGAGAGAGUGGUGCAGACUGUCAUGUACGGCGCUGGAGCUCGAGUGGGAUUCUUCCAAGGGGACAUUAGACUUCUGCCUGACGACAUGAAAACUCUGCAACCCACAAUUUUUCCCGUCGUGCCUCGACUUCUCAACCGCAUCUAUGACAAAGUGCAGAGCGGCGCUGUGUCCCCUUUCAAAAAAUGGCUACUCAACUUUGCGGUGGAAAGAAAGCUGGCCGAGGUGCGGGAAGGCAUUGUGAGGAACAACAGCAUCUGGGACAAGCUCAUCUUCCACAAAGUGCAGGAGUCUCUGGGUGGACGGGUACGAGUCAUGGUGACGGGGGCGGCGCCCAUCUCUCCUUCUGUUCUGGACUUCCUCCGGGCCUCGCUCGGUUGUCAGAUCUUUGAGGCCUACGGCCAGACUGAAUGCACGGCCGGCUGCACCUUCACCAUGCCGGGAGACGCCACCUCAGGACACGUGGGGGUUCCUCUGCCGUGUAACGUGGUGAAACUGGUGGACGUGGAAGAGAUGAACUACUUUGCCUCCAAUGGUGAAGGCGAGGUGUGCAUCAAGGGCACCAACGUGUUCAAAGGCUACCUGAAGGAUCCGGAGAAGACCGCUGAGGCUUUGGAUAAAGACGGCUGGCUCCACACUGGAGACAUCGGAAAAUGGCUGAAGACUGGAGUUCUGAAGGUUAUUGACCGCAAGAAGAACAUCUUUAAGCUGGCCCAGGGAGAAUACAUCGCACCAGAGAAGAUUGAAAAUGUCUACGUGCGCAGCGCACCUGUGGCUCAGGUCUUUGUGCACGGUGACAGUCUACAGGCCUUCCUGGUUGCAGUCGUGGUACCCGAUCCUGAGGUUUUGCUGCGUUUUGCCCAGAAUCUGGGCUGCCAGGGUUCCAUGGAAGAACUGUGCAGCAACAAGGAAGUGAAGAAGGCUGUUCUGUCCGACAUGAUCAAUUUGGGAAAAGAAGCAGGACUGAAGUCCUUUGAGCAGGUGAAGGCAGUCUACCUCCACCCGGACCAGUUCACCAUCGACAACGGCCUCUUGACCCCCACACUGAAAGCCAAGAGGGCCGAGCUGAAGGCUUUCUUCCGCAUGCAAAUUGAGCAGCUUUAUGCGCAAUAAAAAGUGAAAAAGUC